GUCUAAAACUGAAUUGCUUAUAGAUUACUAUCACAAUUUUUUAUUUUAAAUAUGAAAUCCACUUUAAGUGACAAUGGCGAUGGAAAAGCUACGACAGAUUAUAAGGAUCCAUUGUCUGGAGGCGAUAGAAUUGGAAUGCCAAAGAAAAGUUCUCAUCACAGUAGUACGUCAUCAUUGCCAUCGAUGAGCUUUCACAAUAUGGAUCCCAAGGAAAGAUCCUGGAUAUUUGAGAGUGUCGGCGGCUAUUUUGCACCCGCCGAGGAUCUCAGUAAACUUUCACCAACGCGGCAAGAGAAAUUGCUAAUGCGGGAUUUAAUUUACGCUUUCUCUGGUGUUCCUUCAACUCACAUUAGCGCCGACAUUAAGGUCGAAGAGAUUGCCGACCUAUCGCCCGAAGAGAUGACCAAGAUACGCUUCAAAAUUGACGAUGGUUUCACUAGUGUGUUUCGCACUCUUGCCAAUGAAUUACUACCCAUGAUCGGUCACUAUAUCAGUGUGCAGGGUUUCAUUGACUUGAGUAAGAUGACUCCGCGUUAUGAACGAACUUGUUUGGCCUUGGCCAAUUCAAUGGAUAAUAUCAUGCAACAGUAUCAUGAUUUGCAAUCAAAUUUGGAGACGGAAUUAAGUGAGAACAAGCUCGAUUUGCAGAAAUUAGUUCAGCAAAUUCGUCCCUGGUUGCCUACUAUGGAGAUUUUUGCGACUAUUGCUGUCGAUGUGCGUCACCUGAAACUGAGUAGCUCCCAAUUGCUAUCCAUGCUAGAAGAUCGCUAUCAAGAACAGAAAUCUAAAUCAAAAUCGGAUGUAAAAGAGCGUUUAGGUCAAAUGCUGGAAUACACUUCGCGUAACUAUAUGAAAAUGGUUCAACAGUGGACACAAAAAGGCAUGGUAAAUGAUGCGACACAAGAGUUCUUCAUUGAGGAUUUGAAUCCGGCAACGGGCAGUUGUUGGUAUUCAUAUUGGAAAACACGUUAUUGUCUACACACGAAUCGUUUGCCCAAUUUCCUGUUACAACAGGCUGAAAUUAUUUUAUUGGCUGGCAAAUAUUUCAAUAUACUUCGCCAAUGCAAUGUGACUAUAACACCAAUGAAUACUUUACUCACCUAUUCACCCAAGGAUAUGACUCAUCUUGAAAUAAUACGCAACAGCUAUGAACUGCCGGCCAAAAAGUUAAAGGAUUAUCUCUUCAAGGAUCACCAAUUGGUAAUGCAUUUGCGUAACCUUCGUGACUUUUGUCUAUUGCAAGAAAAUAAAUUUGCCAACGAUUUAUUGGAAAGCAGUCGGCAGUAUAUGAAGAAUAAAGUCUAUCAAUUGAAAUCAGAUAAAAUGGAUGGAUUUUUGGAAAAAAUUCUUGAAUUUUUAGACGACGAUUUCGGCGUAUUUUUGGAAAUGCAGCUAAAGAAUAUCGAUGUAAUGACACAGUUAAACGGAAUGGAGCCCUCAAACGGUGGCAAUGAAAAUUUCGCCAUUGAUCCUUUAGAUUUUCACAAUUCAAAUGGCUAUGAAGCAUUGGCUUUGCACUAUGAAGUCAAUUGGCCAGUUAGCCUGGUCAUAAAUUCACAGCGUUUGGAGCAGGUACAAUUGUUGCAUAGAGUAAUAUUCUUUUUGCUUUAUGUAAAAGGCGAAUUGGAAGCGAUGAAGCCAAUUGCAAAUAGUCGCUCAUAUCGUUUGCGUGAACGUAUGCUGAAGAGCAUUCUCAGUGUGGAACAAUACAUGACCAUGGAUAUUAUUCAGCCUCAAUGGGUGGAACUUAUUGCGACUGUGAAUCGAGCAUCAAAUAUUGACGAAGUGCUCUCAGCAUUUAAGCGUACCUUGGAUCAGUGUGUGCAAUUGUGUCUGUUUGCCGGAGUCGUCUAUGUGCGUUCCAUUUUCACUUUAGGUACCAUUUGUCUCAACUACUGUGACUCGUUGUCAAGUGAGCCGGGCUGCCAUGAGUUCAAUCGCUGUGUGGCCGAGUACGAUGAGAAUUUUGAAAGUAUGUUGGUUGGAAUUUUGGAUUUAGUACGUGAAUUUGCCAAGACGGUCGUCAAGUGUGGUAAAGAUAAUGAUAGAGUUUCAGAGUCUAGCAGACAGCUGUUGCUUCGCCUUGAGAGCAUUGACAAGGAUUUGGAAGCAAAGAGUUUUUGUUGACUUGUUAUGUAAUGUAUUCCCUUAAAUCUUGAGUUGAGCUAAAUAAAAUUAUUUUAAAUGAUUCUGGGAAA